GCAUAUAGAAAAUGUAAAUUGAUAAUGUAAAUUAAUAACAACUAAUUUGAGAAUUUCGCCGAUCAACCGAUACAUUUUUUAAGUAUCCAAACUGAAGAUAAUAUUGUGCAAUUAAUAUAUUUUAAUAUUUUUGCCGCAUUAAGGUGCGUUUAAAGUAAAACCUAUUAUGAAGAACGGUUGAGUGAAAAGAAAAAGCAUUAAUUUAUCGAAAGUGUAGGCUUAAACGAGAGUGUUUUCGAUCGGAUCUCCGUGGGGGUUUCGAUGGACACCAUAAGGUUCUCCGGGCACGCGACCUGUGAGAGGGUCGUUACGCUCUGUUGAGUCGUGAAACCACCCCGGUGUGUCGUCGCAUUAUUCUGCUACUCAUCUUCGUUGUACCAUCGAACGAGAAAUUACGAAGGGAUUCUUCCAAGUAUCUUUAACUCUCGCGAAAUUUGAAUCGAAUCGAGACGUGGUUCGAAAAGUGACUGAAAAAUGAGUGCGUUUAAAAGAAAUCAGAGCAAAGUGUUCUGGAGCCACAUGGCUUCGCAGGAUCUAGAAAGCGUGGAUCAUUUUGCCGCGCGGAACGAUCUCGCGAAGGUCAAGCAGAAUCCUCGGCGCGAGUUCACGAUCCUCGAAGAGGAAGCGGAGGAACGGUCGACCAGUAUCAAUGAAAGCGAUACGAUCGACGGUGAAAAUAUCACGGCAAUACACAUCUGUCCUGGCGAGAACGUGAAUCAACAAUAUUCCGUUGCGUCGAUUUGCGAUGGAGACGUAAUGACUCAGAUAGCCACGAUGGACAUAAAAGACGAAGAUAAAGAGGACGAGGGUAACAUCGUUUUGGCGAAUCGAUCGUGUAGUCCUGUGAGUCACGACCUGCGAAGCCUGGAUUCUGGCUUCUCCGAUUCAGAGCGAUCAAACUGCUCCGAAUUAUACGAGAACGAAACGCCGAGGCGUCGUAGGAGACGCAGAAGAUUUAAGGAUCGACGACACGGUGCGCAUUCUAAGCUGGAUUCUAAUUGGUUAGAAGAUGAAACUCUUUUAAAUCCCACGUGCACAUCGACACCCAAAGGUUCAAGAAUUGUAUCUCGAAGUGUCUCUAACGCAUAUGUUGAACGAAGUGCGUCAAAAAAGAAAAGACCUGAGGACGACCAAGUAGAUGCAUCGGCGAUUCCACCGUCUAUUUCCAUAGAGGACGAAUGUUUGGGCGAUUUUCUGUACGCGGCCGAACCACCCGAGGAUGCAGCAAAACCGCGUAUCGCGAACGCCUCGAUAACAACCAACUGCACCGAGACAGAACCGACCUGCAGGUCUUUGCAGCACUCCAGAAUAUACAGACAAUCUUCUUCGGUCAGAGAAUGGCUUGGUAAUCUCGCAUCAAACACCGAAAACGAGUGCACCAAUACUCUUCAAAGCAAAGCUCUACCGCGGAGAAAAGUCCACGAGUUUUUCUCCGAGAAGGACGACAUGAAGGAUCUAAAGACCCUGUCGUCCUUGGCUACCGCUGCCGCUAACAAGCUGCUUGUAAGAGCAGAGCAGUUUGAUCGACAUUAUCAGUACAUAUUCGAUAAAGUGGCACAUCUAGAAGGUGGCAGAUCCGAGAAGGACCUUCUACGUGCCAUCGAGGACGAUGCUUUUUCCGUCUUGUCAGAACUCGGUGCUCCGCCACCGCGUAGAAUUCAGCAAAGUAGCUUGAAAGGAAUAUUGGCGCAGCUUGAAAGUAUGAAGACUUAUGUCGACAGCGCUGUGAAUACUCGUUUGGACUUCUAUAUCGAAAGAGUGGUCAGAGGAUUGGAAGAAGCGCCAAAGGAUGACACCACGGUAGCCAGAGGUGCUUUGGCAGCUUUGACCGCCCUGGGUUUGGCAGGGCCACGAGCUGGAAGCAGUAUUACCAGAUGUUCGGGUAUCAGAGCGCUCUUAACGUCUCUGAUCUCAGCCGGAAGAACAUCGAAAGACUUUGUCGCGGCUUCGUUGCGCGCUUUAGCAAGCGUGUGUUGUUCCGCAAUAGCGAUAGAUCAGUUCGUUAAAGACGACGGUCCGGAAAUAUUAACGGAUCUCUUGGUCGCAGAAAGUUCGUCCGAGAAGGAGAAAAUGGAGGCAACGGCAUUGGUUGUGCAAAUAACAGCGCCGUGGGUUAAUGCGGUGGGAUUACCAUACUUGGAACCAUUUGCAAAAGAUUUAAUACCGCCCUUGAAUCGUCUAGUCGAGACUACCAAUUGCGGGCAGACUUUGUUAUUGGUCGCAGCCGCGUUCAACCACCUGUCCAAGUCCCGAACAUGUGCACUCGUGAUAUUGGACCACAACACUGUGAAAAAGUUGCUGAAAAGCGUGAAGAAAUCGUCUGGCAAAAAUGUCUGGCUGAUGGAGCAGGUGGCGGCCCUCGUCAGCGAAUUAGCUCGCAUCCCUGAAGCUUGGUCGCAUUUGGCAGAAGCUCGCGCGUCCAUUGCGCUGGUCUCCUUCCUCAGAAUGAGGCCGCCAGGUUUAGAAGAAGCCUAUAAACGCUUAGAAAUUACCGCCGCGGCCGCGCUCACGAGGCUCUGCGUAGAUCCAGAAAUCGCGAGGCAGGUUGUCGCAGUUGGGGGGGCGGAUUGUCUUCCAUCGUGUAGGGUCGACGACCUUCUGACAGAGGACGAAGAGCAGAUCGAGGCUGGGUUAUUGAGGUAUACGAAGUCUUUGAGAAGAGCGUGCAAAAGAGCUGCGAAAGAAAUUGAUAUUGCUAAAGCCAGCGACUAUAGUACUUUGAGUUAAAAUAAACGCACGGAGUUUCGAAGUUGUACAUAAGUACAUGGUGCAUAAUAUUUCAGAUACGAUGCAAAAAUCAUAUGUUUAUAAAAAUAAUUUCACUAUAUGUACAUACAAUAUACUGUAAACUUCGUUAUGAUGUAUAUACAUAUAUACUGCAUAAAUAAAAAUAUUGUAUUAGAAUCCUUAGUGUAGGUACAAUUAAAAGA